GACACACAAAGCCAGAGAGAGAGAGAGAGGAGGAAGGGGUUUGUUUCUGCAAUCUAGCCUUGUUGUUGCCUGUUCGUGCGAGUCUCUUUGCUGGUCAGCCAGUCUACUAUGCCUGGGACUCUGUAGAGCUGCCACUCAGGAGGAACUCUACUGAAGUGAAGUGAGGAGGAAAUCUCUGGCUGUGCUGUUCUUCAAAACAAGUGCAACUUUAAACAGACAGAGCUGAGGAUGAUGGCAGAGGGGAAGUUUGCCAGUCUGCCAAGAAAUAUGCACAUGGGCGUGGGCAGCAGGCAGUGUCCCCUGGCCUCCUCCAUGGACCUGCUGAGCUCCAGGCCUGCAGUACCGGAGUUGCCCCCAGCCGGAUACCACAGUGUCUCCAUCCACGGCACUCUGCCUAGGAGGAAGAAAGGGGCCCCGGUUCAGGGCCCUGCCCGCUCCUGGGACAUGUACAGUCACAUGGGCACUCUGCCCCACCCGGCCCGAGCCCGCCUGCCCACCUCGCCACUCAUCCACAACAUCAUCGAGGAACACCAGCCUUACCAUACAGGGAUGGAAGGCCACACCUCAUACAGGGACCCCAGCAGCAGUAUGGACCCCACCCUGGAGUACGUCAAGUUCUCCAGGGACAAGUACAUAAUGGAGGGCCCGCCGGAGAAACUACGCAAAGAGUUGGAGGAAGAGCUGAAAAUGGCCAGUGAGGAGCCAUGCAGCCACGCCUGGUACCAUGGAGCCAUUCCCAGACAGGUGGCAGAGAACCUGAUCCAGAGAGACGGGGACUUCCUGAUCCGGGACUCUCUGUCCAGCCCUGGGAACUACGUCCUGACCUGCCAGUGGAAGAACAGCCCGCAGCACUUCAAGAUCAAUAAGAUGGUGGUGGCCAUGAACGAGGCCUACUCUCGGGUGCAGUACCUGUUUGAGAAGGAGGGCUUCGACAGCGUGCCUGCCCUGGUGCGCUACUACGUGGGAAACAGGAAGCCAGUGACGGAGGUGGUGGGAGCCAUCAUCUUCCAGCCCAUCAACAGGGCCUUGCCCCUGCGCUGCCUAGAGGAGAAGUAUGGGGUGGCCUGUGUCCGUGUGGAGACCGGUCUGACCCUGCCCGAGAGGAAGAGCCAGACCUCCAAACGCCUGAGCCUCAACAUCAUGAACGGACACACUCAGGACCAAAGCCUUGGACGGGGGAACCUGCUUAGGAACAAAGACAAGUGUGGAAGCCAGCCGGCGUGUCUGAACCACGUUCAGGAGAGAAGGUUGCCUCUCAAAACCCACCAGUCAGAGAGCUUUCUUCCUCUAGGCUCAAGGCCCCAGCCCCAGUCCCAGCUGAUGGAGCAUCAGCCUCGGUCCCAGUCUCCAGUGUUCAGGACGGGCAGUGAGCCGGCCCUCAGUCCAACUGUGCCAAGGAGGAUGGCCUUUGAGACCCAGGCCGGAGAGGCCAUCCGGGGCUCAGAAAGCCAGCUCUGCCCCAAGCCGCCCCCCAAGCCCAGCAAGGUGCCCGCCAUGAGGAUACCCCACUCCCCACACCUGCAACCCCUGGCCCCUCUGGCCAGCCCAGCCCCAGGUCCCCCUGUUCCCCCACUGAAGCCCAAGAAGCAGCAUCUGACCCAGGCUCUCCAGUCUCCCCAGCCCCGCAGCCCGGAGGUGAACUACUUUGAGCUGAGCCCCUGCAGCCCAGCGGAUUGGGACAGGCUCCAGGCUCCAGGCUUGGGCCCCCAGCCUAACAACAACAACAAUAUCAACAGCUACGUAGAGAGGCUGAGGACAGAGGAGAAUGAGAAGAGCAGCCAUGGCUCCAAACUGGACCGCAGCUCCUACCACCAUGCCAUCGAAGCCCUGGAGAAUGGCAGCGAAGAAGAGGAGGUGGAACAAGAGAGGAAAGGAGAGCUGGAUGAGAUAGAGAAGACAGGGGAGGAGAAAGAGAGGAGCUUCCGGCGGCCGGUGUUGGAGACCGCGUCUACGUUCCGGCCGGGGGAGUUUAAAUCCAGGCUACUGCCUGCAGAGAACAAACCCCUGGAGAUGAGUGUGCUGAAGAGAGCCAAAGAACUGCUCGUUCAGAAAGACCACCACAUCAUUGCCAAGCACAUCCUCAUGGCAGACUGCCAGGUUGCUAGGGUACUUGGUGUCUCUGAGGAGGUGAAAGGUCAAAUGGGUGUGUCCUCUGGUCUGGAGCUGGUGACCUUACCCCACGGCAGGCAGCUGCGUCGAGACCUGAUGGAAAGGCACCACACCAUGGCCAUCGGGGUUGCCGUGGACAUCCUGGGCUGCACAGGAAGUCUGGAGGAGCGAACCGCCACGCUGAACCGCAUCAUCAUGGUGGCUCUAGAACUGAAGGAAUCCAUGGGGGACCUGUACGCCUUCUCCUCCAUCAUGAAAGCACUGGACAUGCCUCAGAUCACACGAUUAGACCACACCUGGACCAUGCUGAGGAGGAAAUACACUCAGACUGCCAUCAUAUACGAGAAGUCUCUCAAGCCCUUUUACAAGGGCCUGUAUGAAGGAACAGUGGACAUGCCCCCGACUGGCACCACGGUGCCCCUACUAAUGCCCCUGCUCAUCUUGAUGGAGCGCCCGGCGGGGGCGUUCGAGGGCAUGGAACUGUGGGAGAGCAACGACCAGGGCUGUGAGAUCAUGCUGCGUCACCUAGAGGAGGCCCGCAGCGUGGCACACAAUGCUGACUCAUACACCGCCAACACUGAACACGUCCUGAAAGACUUCCAGGCUGACGAGGACCUGCUGGAGAUCUUUAAAACAGACUUUCAGCUGCGUCUGCUGUGGGGCAGCAGAGGGGCGGCCGUCAACCAGACGGAGAGAUACGACAAGUUCACACUCAUCCUAACUGCUUUGUCCAGAAAGCUGGAGCCAGCGGUCAAACACACAAAACUCUAAACCGAGCCUGUAGUAAACAGACUGUAUUAGUGAACACUGGUGGGUAGUAAAAGGACCAUCAGGCUGGUUAAGAGAGAGGACUAACUGUGCCCCGUAUUGACUGGGGAUGAGGAAGAUGGUUGCAUAGUGAGACUACUGUGAUUUCCCAACCUGUCUAAUGGAGGGAGAUUUCCAACUGGAUGUCAGACACUCUUCCCUGGCAGUGGCAGGAUAUUGAGUGUGUUCUUAUGAAGGGGAAAUAUUUCCCUCAGCAAUGCAGGAGGGGGGUAGCCUGGGCCAAGAUCUGUUUGUGCUCCUGCCUACUCCAUUGCUGUCAUUGUCAAGCCAAUGGAAUGACAAUGAGUGAAAGGGAGUUGGCAUGAUAGCAAAAACAGAUCUGCACCAUAUACAUUGAGUGUACAAAACAUUAAGGACACCUGCUCUUUCCAUGACAGACGAACCAUGUGAAAGCUAUGAUCCCUUAUUGAUGUCACUUCAACCAGUGUAGAUGAAGGGGAGGAGUUCAAGGAUUUUUAAGCCUCAAGACAUGGAUUGUGUAGGUGUGCUAUUCAGAGGUUUAAUGGGCAAGACCAAAGAUUUAAGUGCCAGCAUCCUUGUGGAACACUCUCGACACCUUGUAGAGUCCUGAUGAAUUGAGGCUGUUCUGAGGGGGUGCAGCUCAAUGUUAGGCAGGUGUUCCAAAUGUUUUCUACGCUCAGUGUAUGUGCAGCGGUAGUCAUCCUAGUGGAUGUGGCAGAGAGGAGAACACACUGACCGCACUGAGACCAAGAGGAGGACCCGAGAAGACUUUCUGGAAGAAAUGGGUGUAUGAAUGUAUAACUAAAGUAGGGACUGAGAUGUAACACCCUUGUUAUAAGGGUUCAACAAAUGACAGAGGACAUGAAAUGAUGAAACAGAAGUAAAGGACGACGUUUGGUCGCUAUACAAGAGGCAGUUACCGUAUAUGGUCUAAAAUACUAUGGAAUAUAUACUGCAUGUACAUCAACUAGUUCUUCAACUGUCUGCUUCAUGUUUAAUGUUCCUCAGAUGUCGCGGUAUACGAGUUCAUCUGGAUAAUCCUGAAUGGUGAAAGGUGUACAUAUUUAAUGUGAGCAUAUGAAUGCUAGACAGUGUAAUAUAUUUCCCUCUUAAAUAUUAUUGACCUGUAAAUAGCCGCUUAUUCAUUGUAAUAUCUUGAUAUGAACUCGUGGCAAGAAAUAGACAAAGAAAUGACAUGCAGGUGUCUGAGUAACAACUUCGGAACACAUACGUGUCAAGAUACGUAUUGUGAUUAAAAAAAAGUUGAUUUAAAAUAGGAAAGUCAGUUAAGAACAAAUUCUUAUUUAAAAUGACAGCUUACCAAAAGGCCUCAUGAGGGGACAGGGACUGGGAUUAAAAAUAUGGACCAAAACACACAUCACGAUGAGACAACACAACACUACAUAAAGAGAGACCUAAGACAACAACACAUGACAACACAACAUGCCAGCAGCACAAAAACAUGGUACAAACAUUGGGCAGACAAAAGCACAAAAACAUGGUACAAACAUUAUUGGGCAGACAAAAGCACAAAGGGCAAGAAGGUAGACAAAAGUUUUCAGUUGCAGCAAACUGAAAAGACGAGUGACCCAGGGAUGCGUGUGUGCUUUUGGGACCUUUUACUGACAAGAAUGGGUGUUGUAUGUGGAGGAUGAGGGCUGCAGUAGAUGUCUCGGAUCGGGGGAGUGAAGCCUCAGAGGGUUUUAUAAAGAAGCAUCAACCAGAGGGUUUUUGCGACGGGUAUACAGAGAUGUUAAUGAAGUCUUCAAAAAGAUGCCAAUGUUUGUUCAUGUGUUUGUUUAUUAGAACAAUUUGAGAGAACAGAUUUUUUUUUCCCACACAAAGUGUCUCACAACAUUAAAAGUAAAAAGAUGUGCACAACA